UGAACAGAUCCCUCCAUGCUUCCUUGCAAAUUGACAAGAAAAAAUGAAUGUUGGAAGAUUAAAAAAUCAUUUCUGUGUCUGAGGGAAAGUCCUUCAUUUGUGGUAUUACUUUCGUUUCUCCCUUUCUGCCCCCUUUUUUUCCCUUUGGCUUUAAACAAGAUCAGAGUUUUGGAAUUCCCUCUCCAUAUAAACAGCAAAAAGGCUUGCUUACUCAUCAUUGUUCCUGAGCAGUUGAAGAAGACAGAGCAAGUGGAGUACUUGGAAGGGACAGAAGGAGGAGCUGCCAUUGCUAUUCACCGAGUCAUACCUAAGGUUCUCAAGAAGAAAAUGACUGUCUCAAUCGCUUUGUUUGCACUCUUUUGUGUUCUGCCAUUCACCUUCUCCAGUUCUGUCAUUCAUUACACAAGUUCCAAUGGGAUUUGUGGAGAUAAAUGUGAUUAUCAUGGCUAUAAAUACACUUGGUGCAAACAAUAUGGUGGAAAUGGGAAAGAUUGGGACUAUUGCUCCUUAGAGGAAGGUCUGGAUGCUUCAGGCAAAAAAUGUGCCACAUCUUGUGAUUUUUUUGGGACCUCCUACCGCUUCUGUUACCAUAAAGAUGGAGGGUGGCAUUACUGUGGAUUGCACAAGACUCAAGAUUUCCUUGAAUACUCCCAGGAGAAUCACAUCUGUCUCAAGAACUGCAGAGCAACUCAAGGUUCUUUCCAUUGUGAAACAAUCUAUGGUCUUCAACGCUGCUCUCCGUUCCAUGACAUAACUCCUACUGGCUUGCCUUGCCACAACAACUACCGUUGCGCUACAUACGGACACUCCACGUAUCGCUGCCUUAUUGAUGACAACAAUUCCAUAUGGGACUAUUGCGGACGGAAGAGCUUGGAUGGGUGUGUUUGGGUUUCCUAUGAGAACAGUUCUUCCCAGGUAGAUGUCUGCACACUUUCCAACAUCCUAAAUGAAGGCAAGGUCAUCUUCCUCAGGGAAAGGCGAGACAGCAUGCUCCCUCCUUCCGAAGAGGAAUUCAAAAACGCUGUCCACCUUAUUGAUAAAAUCAUGUCAGUCACAAGUCACCCUGAUCCUGGUCCUCAGGAAAGCAUUAAUUUCCAUAAGCAGGAAGAUAUAUUCUGCAAGAGCAUCAAUUAUACCAGUGUGGAACUGCACAUAAAAUUAUCCAAUGAAACCACCGAGCCCAUUGCACAUGUCGUCUUCCCAACAUUCCUGAGUUCUGCUCAUCUCCUGCGCCUAGCAUUUUACACUAGUCUCCACAGCACUUUUCAUCCACCUGCCUAUACCAUUGUUGUGUCUUUUGAUGAGCCAAUGUUAUGUUCUACUGACCAUCAGUAACCUUUGGCCUGAUCAUCUUGUUCAUAUAUCAUAUAUAUUUGACAUCUAUGCAAUUGCUGCUUUGCCAUACUGUACUAUCAUCACUGUAUUUACCAGUAUUUGUGGAUGCUUUCACUUCCUCUCCCCUUACCACAAUGUUAUGUGCAAUGUUAAAUCUUUCAGUUGCUGGGCUAGGUCCAACUGCAGUUGCUGCAACUUCUGUCUUUUGAUGAGCCAAUGUUAUGUUCUGCUGACCAUCAGUAACCAAUUGGCCUGAUCAUCUGAUUUGCAGCGUUAAAUCUUUCAGUUGUUGAGCUAGGUCCAACUGCAUUUGUCGUCAAGUAACAAACUUCAGUUAUGUUCAUAAGUAUGCAUCACUGACACGUGUAUCUAUGCUCAAAAGAGAGCAUACAGUAUAAUGCAUACAGUGAGACUUUUUACAAUUUACAAUGGGGGGGGGGAUAUCCUUUGUAAUUGCUUCUCAUGAAAACUACCUGAUAUUAAUGGAAUCAAUAAAAACUUACUAUUGCAAUAUGAAA